AUGUUUUUCACCGUUAUUAAAGAUUCGAGUGGUUGGCUCGCUGGCGUCCAUCCAGUAGUGUUGGUAUUACUCUCUUCCAUUAUUGCUGUUGGGGUUCUCUGCUUGGGCUUUCGACUGUGGGCAUUUACCAUCAAGCCAGCAUUCCGUCCAUAUGAACCGAGGGAGCUCCCCUAUUGGAUUCCAGUAUUAGGACACGCUGUUCAGUAUGUCAAGAGUGGACAAGAUGUUAUUACCAGAGCAAGGAAGUACUUCGGCGACACGCGCGCGCCCUUUGCGCUCACUCUUGGUGGCGAAAAGAUGUUCUUCCUCACCGAUCCAAAGCAAGUUGCCGACUUCCACAAGAACACAACAUCCCUCGCUUUCGACAAGAUCGCACAAGAACUCAGCACAACCUUUGGUGUAUCCCAGAAGACUUUGCAGACCACGUAUCGCCGACCUAAUAGCGAAGAGGUUGAUGUGCCGGCCAAGAUCAUGCAAAUUCAGAACCCUCGUAACAAGAGCCUUGCGGAGCUGAACAACGACUUCUGGAAACAGCAAUUGGUCCCUGGUCCGCUGUACUACAAGCUUCAAGAUGAGUGCUUGCAGUAUCUAGAUAAUUCAUUGAAACCCGAGAGCAUUGCACAUAACUACAAGGGACCCACAGACGAGAAGGGAACUACUGUAUCUUUGUUGCGACUCAUGCAAGACGUUCUCAUGGAUGCUGCUCUACGCGCCUUCUUCGGCGACAAGAUGAUGGAACUUGAACCAAACCUGAUUCGAGACUUCAUUGACUUCGACGAAGACAACUGGAAGCUCUGGUACAAAUGGCCCGAUGCGAAAGAAAUGUUUGCAGCCAAGUCGAAAUUAUCCAAAUCUGUGCAGAGGUGGCUCAACACACCAGAGGAAGAACGACCCGGUGCAGCUUUCAUCGUGGAGACGUUUGAGAAGACACAACGCGCGAUGGGGACUCCGAUCGAGGACCUCGCCAAUAUCCUGGUCCUGAUUAUUUUUGUCGCAAAUACAAACACAUACAAAGUCUGCUUCUGGGCUCUAGCCUACAUCCUCAACGACCCAGACCUCCUCCACAAAGUACAGCAAGAAAGCGCUGCAGCAUUCCAAGCAGACGGCACACUGUCGACCAAGCAGCUCAUGGAUUCCUCUCCCUGGAUCGCCGCCGUAUUCCACGAGGCCCUCCGCUGGUGCAGCGCAUCGACAUCCCUCCGCCUGGUCACGGCGCCUACCAUCAUUGGCGGCAAGGAACUUCCAGUCGGCUCUCGCGUCGCUGUGCCAGCUCGCCAAACUCUCUUCAUGCCAGAAGCCUUUGGCGACGAUGCCGAUGUCUUCAAUCCAGAGCGAUUCAUCCGCGAUGAGAAGCUUACGAAGAGCCCGAGCUACAAGCCUUUUGGUGGCGGGACCACCUAUUGUCCUGGCAGAUUUAUUGCGAGACAAGAAUGCUCUGUCGUCAUUGCUAUACUGUUGAAGAAUUUCAACACCGAUGUACUUGGAGAGGGCAAGGCUCCGGAGUUAGAUCUCACGAAGCCGACGACCGGGUUGGUGACACCUAAAGAUGGUCAGGACGUGAUUGUUCGGCUCAGUCCAAAAUCUGAAAUAUUACCAUGA